GCAUAGACAAGUUGGUUCCUCUUUGCCGAAUUGCGCGUGGCCCCAACACCCUUUUCUCUUUCAUCACAAUUCGUCUUCGGGGACCAAACCCUAAUCUUCUUCUCUCCCUCUCUGUUUCUCACCUUCCAAGUCCCAAACCGCCUCGCUUCUACUUCGCUUCCCUUACCUCUCAGAUCCAAUAUCCGACUCAGCCACAUCUUCAAAACCAAACAUGUCUGCAGCUCUCGAUAUGACCCUAGACGAUAUCAUCAAGAACAACAAAAAAUCCGCACCCGCCAACUCCAAGCCCCGAACCCGAGCACCAGGACCCGGACCCGCUCGCCGCUUCUCCAACCGUGCCGCCAACCGCGUCGCACCCUACACCACCGCUAAGGCGCCGGAGACUGCGUGGCAGCAUGACAUGUUUGCAGAUCAGGCUUUACACGUGGCAGCGUAUCCAGGUCAAGGUGGUCGAGCGUCUUCCAUCGAAACAGGGACCAAGCUCUACAUAUCUAACUUGGAUUACGGUGUUUCAAAUGAUGAUAUUAAGGAGUUGUUUUCUGAAGUUGGUGACCUGAAACGGCAUACUGUUCAUUACGACAGGAGCGGGAGAUCGAAGGGUACAGCAGAAGUAGUCUUCUCGCGACGGGCUGAUGCUGUAGCUGCAGUGAAGAGGUACAACAAUGUUCAACUAGAUGGAAAACCCAUGAAGGUAGAGAUUCUGGGAACAAACAUUGCUACACAUGCCAUCGCACCUGCUGCUACACCUGAAACUUUUGGAAAUUCAAAUGGAGUUCCCAGAAGUGGACAAGGGAGAGGUGGAGCAUUGGGAAGGCCACGUGGUGGAGGUAGAGGGCGUGGUGUUCGAAGGGUUCGAGGACGUGGAAGAGGUCGUGGUGAAAAGGUAUCUGCAGAAGAUCUUGAUGCUGAUUUGGAUAAGUAUCAUGCUGAGGCUAUGCAAUUAAACUGAAGGAAUCACUGAAGUUCUGUUUUAUUGCUAUUAGAUUUGCAGUUGUUUGGGGCAUGGUGAUGGGACACUGCCUAAUUAUGUAUCUUUAUCACAGUCAUGAUUUUACAGAAAGGGGAGGGAUAACUUAAGAGUGAAAACUUUCACAGUUGAUAUAUGUAGUUUGGGAUUCUGUUAUUGAAUUUUUAUUUUCAUUGGGUAUGACUAUGAAAUGUGGCUGAAGAAACAGAAUUCGUCAUGUGUUAUGCACCCGGCCUUCCUUUCAUUGGAUUUAAUCAUUUGUUUAUUGAACAAGUGAGCAUGGAAGUGGGAACCAUGAUCUUGUCUAUCCAUGCACAUAGCCCAAAGAAAGCAUUGGCUGCAAUGUGGGAGGCUGCAGAUUCACCCAUAGUUGCUUUGUGCUUUGGUUAAAACUAUUACAAUGGAAUCUUCAAAUAAGGUAGAUUCCCUGCCCAUUAUUCCCUUUCCUUCCCCCCUCCCCCUAAAAAAAGAAAAGGAAUUAUUUGAUCUCCUUUGUUGUAUCAUUUGUCCUGUGCUAUAAUUAUCUUGUUUGAUAUAAUCUAAUGCAAUCUUUAGAUUUUCUUUUAUGUUGUUUUAGGGGAGUAAUUUUUCUCUCAAUUGUUUUGGUAAUUUUGGCAUAUUAGCUAGUGAGAUGGAAUCUUUCAUCUGUUCUUCACCGGUCAAUUGCACUGGUCAAGCUAGGAACAUGUCAACAGAUGAAGAGCCUCCAGGUUGGGGAUGCUGCAGGAGUUCGUAUUUAUAUUAUGUUAACUAUGUUGCAUUCAGAUUUAGUUAUCCGUGUCAUGAACUCUGCUUGCUUCUUUUUAUUCUUCAAUCAGCAAUUCUCAGAACUGUUGUCAGUUGAAGUUAAAGUGCUGGUCUUUCUUACAGAUCACAUUUUCACUGAUUGGAACUGUGAGGUACAUUGGGAAGAGGAAGUUGAGUGGAAGUGGUUACUUUAUUAAUGCUAAUCCGACUAGUUUUUGAAGUUACAGUCGAACUUAACCGUUGUUAUAAAGCAUGUUGCAUAAUCUUUACCUGGGGUGUGGGAAAGUGUGUUUUGUGGAUAUUUCCAUGAUGGCUGCCCGCCCCCUCAGCCCGGGUACAACAUUUUUCCUCUGUACUGGAGGUUUUGCAACAAGCCAAUAUGAUGGCGAAAGAAUAUGUUCAUUUUAGAAGUUGACGCAAAUAAUUGACUACAUAAUAUAAAUGUCUGGUUGUUUCAUGUGAUUGGCUUGCUAAGUUUUGACAGCGGAGUUUUCGUUGCGAAGUGUGUGUUUUCCGUUGGAUUGUGAAGCUCGUGCCCAUGCCUUGUUGCUGUUUGAACUCGUGGUUGUAGAUUAAGAUAAAAUUUGCUGAGCUAUAUCUGACCUUGCAGCCGUUUGGUUGGUAUUUGGAAUCUUUGUCGAGUUAAUAACGUUCUGCUAUAAUAUGCUGUAAAAUGCGAGUUCUGUUCUGUAUAAGAUAUUUUUAUCUGAGUAAUGUAGUGUACUAUUCACCCAA